UCCAACAUUAAUUCCACCCCUCUUUCUUCUUGCUUCUUACAAAGGAUUUCAAGAGCCGCAGCGAUCGAGCGCGCCAUGGAGUUCGAGGACGGCGACUGGGUGAUCACCGACGGCGCCGAUGUCGACGACCCCGCCAUCGACGGCGAGUGGGUGGUCGACAAUGGCGACGAGGGGGCCGUCGCCGGCGUCUUCUUUCACGCCGUCUCCACUGCCGCCCGACGCCCCGCCUACGCUCCAUUCGGCCACUGCCCCCGCGAUCUCCCCGAUCCGGCCCUCUCCUUCCUACCCCCCGCUGUCUCCGUCGGCUCCUCCUCCCACGGCCUCGUCCUCUGCCGCGGCGCCUGGUCCUCCUACUACAUCUGCAACCCCGCCACCGCGCGCUGGACCCCAAUUCCCCGCCCUCCCCGCCCCCACCCCUUUCUCUCUUCUCCUGCCCUCGUCCUCGUCUCCCGGCCCGAUUCCCCUUCCCUCUUCCACCUCGUCUGCCUCCUCGAGUCAGGCACCGGCGGCGCCACCGCCUACCGUUUCGACACCUUCUCCUCCGCGACUGGCGAAUGGCGGUCCGACCCGGCGCCUUUCCCCGCCGACCCGAUCGUCCCCGGCUCCGGCGUCUCGGCCGCCGGCAUGGCCUGCUGGAGGACGGCCUCGACGGCGGUACUCGCCUACGAUCCGGCCGCCGGCGCUGCCCGGAUCGUCCCGGCGCCCCCCGGGUGCGGCGACGACUGGCAGCUCGGGGAGGCCGGCGGCGGGCGGCUAUGCUGCGCGCGCGUGACGGAGUCCGCCGUGGAGAUCCACGCCCUGGGGCCAUCGGACCGGUGGACCCUUCUUGGGCUGUUCGCUGUGGCGGCGGGUGCGGACGGCGGGGACAAGUGGGAGGGCGGGGAGCCGAUUGUGUGCCGCGAGGCGCCGCGGCCGCUGAGAUUCCAGAGCGCGAAUCUCGAGGUGGUGCUGUGGGUGGACGGGCGGUUGGUGGCGGUAGACCUGGGGAGCCGGUGGGUAAGGGAGCUCCGGUUCGACGGGCCGGCGCCGAGGCCGGACGAGGAGGAGUACGUGGCGCAUGUCCUGGAGCCCGUCUCAUGCUGACUGACGUCAUUUACGUCUCCCUCCCUCCGUUUCAUUCCCGGUUCCUCCCUCCUACUCUUUUCCCAUCUCCCUUUUCAGGUCUUGCAGCGUAGUUUUGAGUUUACUGUCAUUAGUCUGAUCGUUAAAUGAACUACUUCUGAAGACCCUUGGCAGUAAUUGAUGUGAAUUCUUGUGCAUAAUAAUAAUAACAAGAGAUUUGAGCUUA